ACGUUUGAGGCUAAACUUCUCCACAUCGAAAGUCGCCCGGGGAGGAAAUCAAAGAACAGCACGACGGACCUGGAGUUCUUCAUGAAGUGUGAAGUUCACAGCUCGGACCUGGACAUUUUCAUUAACUCGCUGAAGAGAGUGGUCGACGACGUUCGUUCCAUACCAGAAGAAAAAGUUCCCUGGUUUCCCCGACAGAUAAAAGACCUCGACAGAUGCAACAUGUUAAUAACCAAAUUUGAUCCGGACAUGGACCAGGAUCAUCCGGGAUACAGCGACCCAGAGUAUAGAAAAAGACGAGCUUUCAUCUCUGAGCUCGCCUUCAGAUACAAACA